AUGAAGAAAACUAAAGCGUGCUGCAGGCACCCACCAAGCAGCAGCGACGGAUCCCUGAAACUAGAAGUUAAUGAAGAAGAAGAGCACGAUCAUAAACCCUACAUCCUUCAGUUACCAGACGAUGUAACAGUGCAGAUCUUCUGCAAACUCCCAAUCAAAACGCUCGUCGAGUGCAACCGUACAUGCAAGUCCUGGCGUCGUUUGCUAUCGGACCCUCAGUUCACAGAAGACCUAUUUUCACGAACGCCGGAUUGCCUUUUGUUCAACGAACUGAAUCACCCCAAAUGGAAAGGCCAGUUUCUGGUCGACUUCGACAGGGCUUCAAACCGAAACCAGGUCGUGCUCAAGCGCUUCAGUAAAAUCAUCUACCCAAAUGUCAAAGCUAAAGUACUUGAAUAUUCCCUUGUGGGUUCGUGCAACGGCUUCCUCUGCUACCGCGAAUCUCUCGUGUACCCUGCGAUGACAGAGGUCCAUCGUUUUUACUUGUCUAAUCCUGUCACCGGUGAGUCUUUAACUCUUCCAACACCUACCGAACCUGCAAAGAGAGAUUGUUUAGGGUUUGGGUUUAGUCCCAUUAGCAACCUCUAUAAAGUAGUCCGGAUUAUGAGUCCGUUUGAAGGAUCUUGUGAUGUAAUGGUUUUGAAAGUUGGCUCUGGGAUUUGGAGAAAAACUGGAGAAUCCUUCGACAGUUUCCAUGGAAAUUCUCUUGGGGUUUAUCUCAAUGGAUUUCUUUAUUGGAUUGCUCAAAGUCAUAACAGGGACCGUCCCGUUCUAUAUGCAUAUGGCAUCCCUGUUUCUCCAAGUGCAGGUGCUCCCUUUCUAUGUGCAUUUGACGUCGAAAGAGAGUGCUUCCAACAGUUACCACUACCGCCUUGCUGUUUGCAUCUGACAGUUGCUCAGCUCAAGCUCGGAGUCCUCAAAGGUAGUCUCUUCCUAAUUCUUAGAUCAACACCUAGUAUGAUUGAGAUUUGGGUGAUGAAGGAGUCUUGGACUAAAGAGCAUGAGUUCACAUACUCUUCUAAGUUUUGUGUUACUGAUAUAUUGAAAUUCACAAAGGAAGGGAAGAUCUGGUUUACGCAUGAGAAUCGAUUGUGGGCUUAUACUCCUAAGAUGAUUGUAAGAUUUGACCUUGAUGGUUUACCUUCAAAUCUUUCAGAAGGAUUUCUCCAUAUUCCCAACUUCACACCGCUUUGGCCAUCUUUACUAAACAGGAAUCAGGUCAAGCAGGAAAGCGACAAGGAAUCAGAAUGA